AUGGAGAGGUUGAAGUUGGUUGUUGACGAUUUCGGUUAUGAAAGGCUAAAUUCUCGGUACAAGGAACUUGUUGCUGAAACAGAAAAUGAGGCAAGGGAUAAGAUGGAAAUGUACUUAAAGGAACCUGUUGAGAAUCAGAAGCUUAUGAUGGGAUUUGAAUUGGUGAGAAUAAAGAGAGAUCUUAUAGAGGUCACAGAGACUCCACAUGACAAUGCUGACAUAGAUAAUGGUGUCGCCGCUGCUGGUCAGAGCCAUAACAGCACCUCUGUUGACACUGAUGUGAAGGAAGUCACAGUCGAGGAAUCUGUACAUGGCCUGGUUGAAGGGGUGGCUACUCCCGAUAGCUUGUGUGCUAACUUUCCUCCUUUGGAACUUGAAGAAGGUGAACUGGCUCCUGAAAUUCCCCAUGAUACCUCUACUGCGGUGAUUCCUAGCUGUAAUGGUCCUCAGGUAUUUUCAAGUGAGGUGACUAUGAAUUUGUCGGACGAUGCUGCGUUCAGUACUCCUUCAAAGAAGAAGAUUUUUCACUCGGGCUCUGCGGCGAAAUCUCAGGGUCUCUCUGGUUCAAUUCAAUUUGGUAAUUGCUCAAACUCUUUUGAUGUUCUGAGUGAUGAGAAGUUCAAGCUUGUUCGUUCUCUGAAAAUGCUUAAGGUUGUCCGUAGAUUGAAUAAACGCAACUUCAGUGGUAUUUCCCAGCGUGUUAAAGACCAGAAAUUUAUUGUCGAUGGGCUUCAGUGGUCUUUGCUCACUCUUCCUGACUCUGCUACAGCGAGGGAGGAGCAUAUACAGCGCCAGAAACUGAAUGUGUUAUUAACAGCAGAGGAGAAGUAUUACAGACAGAGAUCUCGUGUCAGGUGGGCGGAUGUGGGGGAUCGAAACACUGUCUUCUAUCACAGGGUGGUCACUCAACAUGUGACUGUGAACCAUAUCCAUUUUUUAAAAGAUGAAGAUGGAAGGGUUAUCUGCACUACAGAAGAGCUUAAAUCACAUUCAGCUCAGUAUUUUCAGAGCAUAUUAGGAGUUACUGAUCUUCCUAAUUCUCUGGCUCCCAUGGAAGAGCUCCAGGACCUGCUUCCUUUUCGAUGCUCAGAACUCCAGCAGGCUUAUCUCUCAAGGACUGUUCUGGAGCCGGAAAUCAAAGGCACCAUCUUCUCCAUGCCGACCAACAAGAGUCCCGGGCCGGAUGGUUACUCAAUUGAGUUUAUUAGGGCCUCUUGGGACGUUGUAGGCCCAGACAUUAUCAAUGCGGUUAGUGAAUUUUUCAGAAAUGGAAGAUUGCUCAAAGAUUUAAAUACUACUGCGAUUACUUUGAUCCCAAAGAAACCAGAAGCUUGCACUUUGGGAGACUAUCGUCCGAUUAGUUGCUGCAACAUUGUUUUUAAGGUUAUCUCCAAGAUUAUUGCCAACCAGCUGAAGCCUAUUCUUCGUGUAUCUGUCAGUCCGAAUCAGGCUGCAUUCUUGAAAGGUCGCAGCUUGGGUGAAAAUGUUCUUCUCGCUUCAGAGUUAAUUCGGGAUUACAACAAAUCAUCAUGCCUCAGAAGUAGUAUGCUUAAGGUGGAUAUUCGUAAGGCUUUCGAUACUGUUUGUUGGGAUUUUGUUAUAAAAAUCUUAAAGGCUCAAGGCUUCCCUCCUCUAUUUGUGUCCUGGAUACAAGAAUGCAUCACUUCUCCUAGGUUCUUUGUGGCUUUAAAUGGAGAAUUGGCUGGCUUCUUUGAGGGGAAGAAAGGUUUGAGACAGGGAGACUCUAUUUCUCCUUAUCUCUUCAUCAUGAUCAUGGAAGUUCUCUCUAGACUUUUGAAUAAGGCUCAGAUAGAGAACAAAUUCCAACUUCACCCACUUUGUAACUCUCCUAGAAUCACUCACCUCCUCUUUGCAGAUGACCUCCUGGUCUUUUCUGAUGGCUCGAGAGCUUCGGUCUCCGGGAUUAAAGCGGUGAUGUCUGUUUUCAGGGAAUGGUCUGGUCUGGACAUGAAUGAGGCCAAGUCUGAAAUUUUUUAUGGAGGCUACAAUGAUAUCCAAGCCUCAGUUAUGGCUGAUUUAUCAGGUUUUAAACGGGGUUCGUUCCCUACAAGAUAUUUGGAUCUUCCUUUGGAUCCAAAGAAGAUUACCUUAGCCACUCUCCAGCCUUUCUUGGAGCGAAUUACUUCUCAGCUACAUUCCUGGACUGUAAAAAUCCUCUCUUUCGCAGGCAAGGUGAAGCUUAUAUAUUCGGUUAUUUACGGAAUGGUCAAUUUUUGGAGUUCAGUUUUUGUGCAGCCAAAGAGAUUUUACCAGAAAGUGGACUCUAUCUGCUCAGCAUUUCUGUGGAAGAACUCAACCACCUCUGCCUCGGGUGCUCGUGUGUCCUGGUCUUCUAUUUGUACACCAAAAGAGGAAGGAGGGCUUGGGCUGCGGACUCUUGAGGAAUUUGAUUUGGUCUUUCGGUUGAAGCGAUUCGGUGGUAGAAACUUUUGGCUGGUCAGAGAUUCUCAGCGAUUCUCGGUUACGGUAAGAAGCAAUGGUUUUACUGCCUCUUUCUGGUAUGACUUCUGGACAGAGCUAGGCCCUCUUCACUUGUUAUUUAGGUCUACUGCCUCCAGGUCUUUAAGGCUACCUAUCUCUGCAACUGUCGCUGAUGCAACAAGGGAUAGUCACUGGAACCUCCCUCCAGCGAGAAGCGAGAAUGCAGUAACACUGCAGAUCAUUCUAUCCACCACUCCGGUCCCUUCUCCUAUCAACGCUAGUGACUCCUAUUUGUGGAGGUUGCACACCGGUGGUUUUGGGUCCACUUUCUCUACUUCAGUCACUUGGAACUUAUUACGUCAACGUUCUCCCAUUGUUGAGUGGCAUGAAGUGUUCUGCGGCAGAUUCAUAUCCUCUCCUCCGUCAGACAUCCCUGCUGCUGUCUCGAUGUGCUUGAGCUAUAAUGGUAUCUAUGCUUCGCUGGUCAGGAUAAUUUUGAAGCUUUUUCUUCAGGUCUUAGUGUAUUCUCUUUGGCGUGAGCGUAAUGGGCGUAUAUUCAGAGACCUCAAUCACCACCCUUUAGGCUUCUUUAGGAUGGUGGACAGGCAAAUGCGAGAUAGGUUGAUGUCGCUGUCUCCAGGCCCUAAUGAUGCUCACUCUCUUCUAGAGCUUUAUUUCUGGUUUGUUGUUCCAUUUAGCUAA